AUGGUAGAGUGUAAUGCUGAGUUGCAAUUAGUAAAGAAGCAGGUUGAGGAGUAUAAGGUCUUAAAUUUGCUAGUGAGGGCAUGUCCACCUCCUUGCAGCCAGUUUGAGAGGCAAGAAUUAUCCACUGUUGUGUAUGAAGAGCCUGUGUUAUAUGAUCUCAGUGAGCCACCCAUCUAUGCUGUUAAUGAAGAAGGAGUUGCAUUUGAAAGUCAGAGUAGCAGCUACAGUGUAGCUCAUGGUACUGGUGUUUGCACACAAGAGAGCAAGAAUGUAAAAGGAAAAAUGAAAGCUGUUAUGGAAAUAGAAGAAGAAGAGGGAUAUGUUGGCAGUGGUGGUUCUGAUUGUGAAGGUGAAGAGGACAUUGAUGUACCACCUUUUUAUAUGGGUGAUGCUGAUGACAUAGAGAUGGCUGAGGGAAAGAAACAGAAAGAGUAUGAUGAAAUGGAAGAGGAAGAAACAGAUGAUGAAGAAUCUGAGGAGGAAGAAGUUGUGCAUUAUGAGGGUGACACAGAGGUUGAGGAACCUUUUCAAAUGGAUGAAGAUGACAAAGUUGUUUCACAGGAUGUAGAAACUGUAAUUGUACAUGAAGAGAAGAAGAAGAAGAAACAGAAGCUUCCAGUUAGGAGAGGGCCUACAACAAGGUCACAUUCAAGUGUAGUAUCAGAGGAGGAACCUGAUUUCAAACCUUCAUCUGAUGAAGAAGAGAAAGGAUUGUUGAAGGAGGCUGAUGAUGAUGGUUUUGAGCCAUUGUCAUUUGUGCUGCCAAAGAAAAGGAAAAGCAGGGCAAAGCAGAGGCCUCCUAGAAAAUGGUACAAUGAGAAAUUCUUUAUGGUGGCAGCAGUUAUAAAAGGUGAAACUACUUUUGUAGUUAAGAAGAUGAGAAUUAAGCACACUUGCCCUACUAGUACAGAGACAACAAGGGUAAGUGCCAAGUGGCUUGCACAGAAGUAUGAGUCACUGUUCAGAUCUGAUCUAACAACUAGCAUUCAGACUUUGAUUGAUGCUUGCAUGGAGAAGUAUGGUGUGGAUGUGCCCAAGUCAAUGGCAUAUAGAGCAAAGAACAUAGCUAUUGAUGCUAUGCUAGGCGACCACAAGAAGCAAUACCCUAGGUUGAAAGACUAUGCUCAGACAGUGAUGGAUACAAACCCUGGGAGUAGAGUAGUAGUCACUACUGUAACUCCAUCACCCACUGAAAAAAUCCCCCAUCCAGGUCCAAGAUUCCAUGCUAUGUUCUAUUGCAUUAAUGGAGCAAGGGAGGGGUUUCUCAAGGGGUGCAGACCAUUCAUUGGUGUUGAUGGGUGCUUCAUUAAGUUAACUACUGGUGCUCAACUACUUGCUGCCACUGGUAGAGAUGGCAACAACAAUAUAUACCCACUAGCAUUUGGUAUUGUUGGGCAAGAGGACACACCUAACUGGUGUUGGUUUCUACACCAACUUAAAAUCUGCCUAGGAGGAGAAGAGGGACAGUUUGGUCCAUAUACAAUAAUGUCAGAUAGACAAAAGGGCCUACUAAAUGCAGUGAAUGCUGUCUUUCCUAAGUGCAACCAAAGGUUCUGCCUUAGGCAUAUCUAUGCAAACUUCCAAAAUGCUGGGUUUAGGGGGGAAGAUCUGAAGAAGUGUAUGGAUAAUGCUGCCUAUGCAUAUAGUGAACACAAAUUUAACAUUGCAAUGAAUGACCUUAGAGCUGAAUGUCAGGAAGCUUGGGAGUGGCUUUGUCAAAUACCCAAGAAAACAUGGGCAAGGCAUGCAUUUGACACAAACUGCAAGACUGACCUUGUAGUUAACAAUUUGUCUGAGGUGUUCAACAAGUAUGUCCUAGAUGUUAGGAAGAAACCAAUUAGGACAAUGUGUGAUGGAAUAAAGGAUAAACAGAUGAUGAGGUGGCAUAGGAAUAGGGAGAGUGCAAAGACAGCUAGAUGGGACAUAACACCCCAUUAUAGUGAGAAGCUAGAGGUUGAGAAGGAGAGGGCCAAAUAUUGCAAACCAAUUCAAGCUGGUGUGAACUUGUGGCAGGUUACAAGUGGGCAGCAAACCCAUGCUGUUGACUUGCAAGUGCACACAUGUGGGUGCAGAAAAUGGGACCUCAGUGGCAUCCCAUGUAACCAUGCCAUCUCAGCAAUCAACAAGGGCAAAAGAAAACCAGAGGAUUAUGUCAGCAAGUUCUUCAAGAAAGAAUUUUAUGUGGGAGAGGAGCUGGGAGAGGAGCUGGGAGAGGUGGUGGUAGAGGUGCUGCAGCUGCAGCUGCUGGGAGAGGUGCUGCAGCAGCUCAAGCUGCUGGAAGAGGUGCUGGGAGAGGUGCUGCACCAGGUGCUGCAAGAGGUGUUGGGAGAGGGAGAGGUGCAUUCUCUGCCCCAAGACAAUCUGGUCCCUCCACAUCUACUGCUCCCUCCACAUCUGUUGCUGGGAGAGGUGCUGGUGGUAGACAUACUGGAUGCGGGAGAAUCAAUGUCAUAUAUGGCUUUUGUUGAUGUGGAUGCAACUUAUGAGUGA